AGGAAUCGUAUGCGCACAGUGAGGCCUAAAGGAUGCGGUUAUUUUGUUAGAUUAGUAAUAACGACGGAUAAAAACUGGAUACGUUAGGUCCAUCCUUACACACGUCUUUUAGUAGUUUAAGUGUGUGGAAAAGUAGAAGAAGGAUUUAUAGGAUACCCAACAGAAUGUGCGAGCCAAUUCCACACAGCGCGGACCCUCCGUAUCCGUAGACUUUUUUUAUUUGGAUUUAACCAAGAGAAAAAGGGUGGGACUUGGGAACGAAAGGAAAGACUACUGGGAGACGAAUCGAAUAUCUUGGAAGCUGAAAACAAAUACUCGGCAUUUCGCUUCCAUUAUACAAAGGCGAUUUUAAGGCUUGGAAAUUCACAACUUUCAAUCCAGCCGCGAAGUGAGUUGUGAAUAAUAACCGCUAUGGCUUCAUCGCCGCAGAAAUCACCGUCCUCUCCCAAAUCUCCGACCGCGAAAUCGCCUCCCUCGAGGAAGAAGGAUGACUCUUUUCUCGGGAAACUUGGAGGAACUUUGGCAAGACGAAAAAAAGCAAAAGAAGUCUCUGAGCUCCAAGAAGAAGGCAUGAAUGCAAUCAAUCUGCCCCUGAGCCCCACCCCUUUUGAGCUGGAUCCUGAAGACACCAUGCUGGAGGAGAAUGAAGUCCGCACCAUGGUUGAUCCAAACUCCAGAAAUGACCCCAAACUCCAGGAGUUGAUGAAGGUUCUCAUUGAUUGGAUCAAUGAUGUUUUAGUAGGAGAACGAAUCAUUGUAAAAGAUCUGGCUGAGGACCUUUAUGAUGGACAGGUUCUUCAGAAGCUUUUUGAGAAGCUGGAAGGGGAGAAACUUAAUGUUGCAGAGGUCACACAGUCUGAAAUUGCCCAAAAACAGAAGCUUCAGACAGUCCUGGAAAAGAUCAAUGACACCCUUAAAGUGUCCUCGAGGAACAUCAAAUGGAACAUUGACUCGGUCCAUGCUAAGAGCAUAGUGGCCAUUCUUCACUUGCUGGUGGCCCUGUCUCAGCACUUCCGUGCUCCUGUCCGACUCCCAGAUCAUGUGUCCAUACAAGUAGUUGUUGUUCAGAAACGCGAGGGCAUUCUUCAGUCUCGGAGCAUCCAGGAGGAAAUUACUGGCAACACAGAAGCACUUUCUGGAAGGCAUGAGCGUGAUGCGUUCGACACCUUGUUUGACCAUGCUCCAGACAAGCUGAAUGUGGUGAAAAAGACUCUCAUCACAUUUGUGAACAAGCACUUAAACAAACUGAACCUGGAAGUAUCAGAGUUGGACACACAGUUUGCUGAUGGCGUGUACCUGGUCUUACUGAUGGGACUACUAGAAGGAUAUUUUAUUCCUCUCUACAACUUUUUCCUUACACCAGAACAUUUUGAUCAUAAGGUGCACAAUGUUUCGUUUUCUUUUGAACUGAUGGAAGAUGGCGGUUUGGAGAAACCAAAGCCCAGGCCUGAGGACAUUGUCAACUGUGAUCUGAAGUCCACGUUGCGGGUCCUCUACAACCUCUUCACGAAGUACAGGAAUGUGGAAUGAGCAGAAAAAGUGAUUUCACAAAGAACCACCGUUCUACGCCUCCACAUGACUGAAACACUCUCGCUCUUGAGAUGAUAUCCUUAUCAGUAUUAUUCGAAGUUAUUUUGACGUAUGGAUUGUCACUUUCAGUAUUUCAGAAUAUUUCAGAGUAUGUUUACUAUUUAUUCUGCAUGCUGUAACACAUUAGUGUUUUGAAAUUAUGUAAUUCUAAUACAAACUACAUUGAAGGAGUGACUUAUGAAAUUAUUUUGAAGUGAAUUGUUAAUGCCGGUUCAGUGUUUACUUUUGUCGUUAUGCUCUUAAUGUUUACUUUUGUCGUUAUGCUCUUCCAUUAAUAUCAUAUUUUUUACACAGUACUAUGUGUGUUCAACACAUAAGGGAACUUUUCAUUGGUACUGUAGAAUUACACGAGCCCCAGUAGUGUUGACGUGAUCGUAAACGUGAUCUGUAACUCCUUUUUGUGUUAGAAAUCGAUAAGUUCUCUUGGUGAUAGAAAACCUUGUGAUUUGGUGUAUAUGAAGUAAACGUACUAAAUUAACUAGUUCAAACUUUGGUCUUUAUACUGCUGAAUAGGACUAGAUGUUUUCGCGCUCAUAUUAAACUUCUAUAUAUUGGAAGCAAACAGACAUGAAUUUUUAUCCCCCUUGCACACCCUCCCCAAGGGCAUUCAUUGAAUUCAGACCGUAAUCUGAGCGUUGCCACUAGUUUGUAAGAAUGUUAUGUGGGCGUUCGAGGGGAAAAUGGAUUCCCUUGUGCUGUUUAAUAUGAAGGUCGCAGCAGUCGUUUGUUUCACUGUUGCGUCUUGAAUGUCGUCUGUGGGGUCUGCUGGGCCCUGGAAAAAGUGAAUUCCUGUCUUUGAAAACGCCUGUGCUCUCCUUAUUAACCAUUGAUCAUUUCGUGCGACUGUUCUGUGUGCGACUUUGAAUGAGGACGCAAAUGGGGAACGGUAUAAAUAAAUUGAUUUUGGUCUCUAAAGUUGCUGACAAAACAGUGCAAUCAUACUGAACAACUUUCGGAACGAAGUGGUAUUUAUUUAACCUCUUCAAUAAAAGGCUUGUUAAAAGGCAGAGUAGUGUUUAAUUUAACAGCACGGACGUGCGGGUUUCAAAUGCCUAGUUCCCGAAGAAAUUUAUGUUUAGUUGUGGUCAGCGCAUUGGCGGAAUGGUCAGGCUACAUGAAGUGUUUUCUGAAUAGAGAGGUCACAUUUUCCCCGCCAUGUACUCUCACAAGCCUGCAACGCGCAAUUACACCUGACAGGGUUGCAAUAGAGGCUUCAGAGAUAACUGAAACUGUGGCUGCGCGCAUCUGUUUAGCCUGCGUCUUAUUUGAAUUCCUCGAUGAGCUCUGCGGCUUGCCACUGGUGUAUUUCUAAUUUAUGACAUGUUUAAGUUUAGAUUCUGGCGACUGACGUGUGUGUGUGUGUGUGUGUGUGUGUGUGUGUGUGUGUGUGUGUGUGGUGUGUGUGUGUGUGUGUGUGUGUGUGUGUGUGUGUGUGUGUGUGCGCGUUUUUAACGGAUUUCUGCAGUUGCGGAGUGCAGAGCCUUGUGUAACUCCACAAAAGAUCUGAGAAACCAGUGUGGAGAAUAUUAGCCCGGAAGAAUUGUAGGUUCUGUUAUCUGUUGGUCAGCUUUUUUUGUGGUUCCAAAUUGCAGACUUCGUAUAGUGGAACAAAAUGGACCAUCAAACGUAGCGUUUCUGAAAAAUAAUACAUUAUCUGUCAUAUUCUAUAGGCGGCAUUAAGAGCCGGCGUUAAAUGUGAAAUUUGCGCGUUCAGGGGAGUUGCUGCCAAUUGCCUUUCGAUAAACCUUUGUUCUGACACAUUUUCUCCCAGCCCAUUCUGACUCGAGCCGGAGGAUUAAGAGACUAGCGCGACUUCAUCAGAGUGCUCCCUUUGAGUGGUGAAAUAACAGCGAUGGCCACCUGUGUAAUUGAUCGUCCACUGCUAAGGUGUCCUGAAUAGCAACGUUCCCUGCCAUUAGCGGCCCUGCUGCAAUUACCGCCACUGUCCCUUCGUGACAUCAAACGGACCCAGAACUCGCUCCAUCUUUUCCCAGCCUCAACCGCUGUUUACUCACAAAUACAAAGAGAUGAUGCAGGCUGCCGAAACAGCUGGUAAAUGCUCGACUCAAAGCAUCUUAUCCGGGCUCAUAUUGAUUUGUACUAAAGAUUCUGGUCAUUACGAGUAAUUGAUUUCUCCGUCGUGUACUCUUAGUAGUGUCUUUAGAAGACUAUUAACAUGCUUCGCGCAUUCAUUUACACCAGAGAAUGAUUUUCCCUGCAUUGACUGCGAUGUCCGCUAUUAAAAUCGUUAAGAAAUGUAAAAUUAAUUUGUAAGGUAGCCUGAACAAGAAAAAUUGGUUGAGAAAAUAAUGUAAUACAUGGAAGUGUUCGUAUUUUGAAAUAUGACUGGAGCAUACAUUAGAAACACAAACGUAAUAUCUACAUUAGAUCGAUGAUAAUGUGUUUAUAGCAGUUAUAAUUCCUCGAUGUUCCUCCUAUUGUAUACUCAAACGAGGACACUAUUUUAAAGCAGUCACUAUAACUCGCCAUGUUUAAAACCCAUAAUGUAAUCAGCUCUAGCAUCUGGUCUUAAUCUCAUUUAAUGGAUCUGUUAUGCCAAAGUCUGUCUCUCCAUAAGAUACCUUUGCCAGGCUCUGAUUUACUGAAUAGGUAACAGUUUGACUCCUGAAAAGAUUAUGUUAUUUACCAAUCGCAUAUUUAAAAUAAAGUUUAAAAUUUGAAUAAGAUGGUGGUUAUUAAAGACCUCUGUGUGCUGAUAUUUGAACUCACGUCCUAUUGAAAAAGCAGGAAGAGGUUGUGAUAUAAAGAUCCGCUAGGUGUGCAUACGAAUGUACAUGGUUUCUCAUAAUCCCCAGUGUACCACCCAUUUAAAUGUGCCUUAAGAGUUCUGCAGGAUGCACCUGCUCCCAGCCGCAGUUUUCCAUCAUCUGCCAGCCUUGCAGCAAUAGAAUUGAGCAUGCGCUGACUAGUGCAAUUUGUCCCAUUGCAGACUAGCAGAUCUUUCUCUUCCCCUCCUGUGGUAGUGGAACAGUAGCAGUGGAGUAAGUAAGCUUUAUUUAUAGGAAGGGCUGUAGUGUGGGAUCGUUCCUGUGACAUGCCUCUGAGUCUCAGGAGGCAUCAAAGGCAGCAGAGAUCCAUAUCUUCAAACACUACAUUACAGAAUUGAAUUAAAGAGACAUUUAGUGCACAAACAUUUGGACAUCAAAAACCUCGCCUGUUGCCUGGAGACUACUGCUCUUCCUGGUUUUCGGGUAAAAUGUAGCAAUGGGUGGCUUCAGUAACCCAGUUUCAUUCUGAUUUCUAAGAAAAAUACAUAUAUUUUUAGAAAUAACACUUGUAUUUUCUGUUUGUGCUGCAAAGUCACAAAGCUGUGGUUUCUUCUUGUCUCUUUAUUAUUUUAUAGUUAUUGGAAAGAGAAGACCUAGCACUGAGCCUUCAACUGUAAUUCAAAGACAUGCAGCCCAGAUAUUACAAUCAGCUUUAAUUAAAUUUUGUUAACUGUACUGCUCCAGCACAUUGGUGCCAGAUUUGAGCCUUUUAUCUUUCAGAUGUUGAACAGAGGAAUGUGAUUAAAGGAUCUGUGGAGAGGAACAUCAACAAUGUCAGGCAUCUAAUCAACAUUUUUCCCUAAUGAAUUCUUUGUUUAAGGUAACAGUGUGAAUACCCUGCCUCCUGUUUUGUAGAUGAAUCCUGUUCAGUAUUUUUCUAUGCCAAACAUAUUCAUGUGCACAUUUUAAUGAGAUGCUUUUUCCUCGAGGCAUGUUUGACUUUAGUAUCCGUUAAAUGGAACCAAAGGUGUACGACUUUGCAUAGUUGAUGAUGUUCAUAGAGUUCACAAAGUAAAGUUCACUCAUGUAAAAAAAAAAAAUCACUUCAAAAAGCCCCUCCCACUCACCACAAGAGGGCGACGUAUAUGCUUGGUGUCAUUUCUCAUAACAUUUAAAGAGGUACUUUAUGCUUAAGACACUCAGUAUGUGUUGUAGACAAAACAAAACUACAUCAGAAAUGUAUUGCUAAACAUCUCUAUGUUCUUUAUCUCCCUAAAGUUACAGCUUUGUUUGUUUGUGAGCGUGUGUGUGUGUGUGCAUAUGCAUGUGUUUAAUUUGAUUGGAAGUACUUAAUUUCAAAGUAAUUACCAUUACAGAGAAGCAGAAAGGGAAUCUAAAUCUGAUGAAAGGACCCCCUGUGGUGGUUUUGGUUGUGGCUCCCCACCCUCCCGAUUAAAGUUUUGAUUGAAAUGAAGCUCUGUGUUUUUAUCAGUGAGUGAGUGGUUCUGGCUGAGUCAGCUCUUAUCUCUCCCUAAAGCCAAUCAGUGCGCCUGUGUGAGCAGGCCAGGCAGCAUGCGAUGGCCAGACCUGCUCUGCACCUGGCCUCACAGAGGCCCCUGAUUAGGAGAGGUCACUGGGCGACGAUGGAGCAGAGAACUAAAGCGGCCCUGGGUGCACCUCCCCCAACGCCAUGCUUCACCUCUGCCCCCUACAGCGAAGAGAGUGACACGCUCCAGUCUUCAAAGCCCACACACGCAAGGCCUUUGGGGCCGUAUCUGUCCACAUCAGAUUACACCGCUGAUAAUGGACAUGGAAAAGACCCUUAGUGAAAGCAGAGAGUGAGAGCUGGUCUCUGUACAUGUGUCUGUAAAUGGUCCAUGAGGCUUUUUAAAAUCUAAAAUGGAAAAAAAAGGAUCAUGUCUCUGUUCAAAUGCAUUUCCUAAGAUCGUGCUUGUCUGCAUGCAUAUUUGUUUCUUUAUUUCCUUAUUUAUUGUUUAUUUAUUUAACUAAACUUCAGGACCUAAAUCUAUUGUCCCCUCUCAUGUGCAAAUUAGAAUGGUGUGUGUUCUGUUUUGAAACUUUCCAGUUUAACACCCUCUUCACACCUGGGGGCUGGGGACUCCUCACAAGAACACCUUGCUAGCAGGUUCCCUACCCUUCCAAACACUUCGCUAACAUGAGUCCCUCUCAGGUUUCUGUCCUGCAUUACCUGCUUUGUAUUGAGGCCACACCCAGUGUUAAGCCAGGUGAUCAUGGUGCAUGUCAUUUGUGUAUGUGUGUGCACCUGUGUGUGUGCGCGUGUGUGUAAGUAACAUGAGGUUGCUCUCAUCACUCACCUCUUGUUCUGCUGUGUAUUUAAAGCCUUAGGAUGGUGCCUUUUGAAACAAGCUUCUACAAAGAAGACUGUCAUCAUAGAUUUGAUUCCAACUUUAUUUAUUUUUUCCCCUGUUGUCUGCCUUUGUCAUCAGGACCACAUACUUUGUAAUGUGUAUUCAACAAUGGAAUAAUCAUAUAAAACAGUCUUUUUAGAUAUUUUUCCUGUGCGUUCUAAUGACAAUAUGUGAUAUAAAGUAAGAGACCAGCAACGUCGUGGUGUAUGUUACGAUAUUGUUUAUAAUAUGUCAAACCAUGUCAAAUAGCACCAAACAGUAUGUGAAGCCUGAGGCUUGCCUGUGAAAAUAUUGCUGCAUGAAAUUGACAUUUUAUGAAAUCGAUUGAAUCAAAAUACAGAAUGGUGGAUGAAUGUGGAGGGUUUAUUGCUUUCAGUGAUUGACUACUUUAUCAUUGUAUCAGUGUGCACCUCCACUGAGAUGUCAUGAAAACCCUAAACUACUCUAUAACAUUUUAUUCCAGAAAUGGCUCAGGUUCCAUCGUUGACUUUUUUUGCAAAGUGUAAAAAAGUGUAUUUAGUACGAAUAUCUUCGAUAUUUUUUUUUAUUUUUCUUUGCCUUUUGGAAGAAUUUUAUGUAGUGCCCAAAGUUUCUAAAUAAAUGCAACCUUGUAAGGGUAUUAUGUUGAAAGGUGAAGAUGGCAGUACAGAGACGUGCGCCUGCCACAUUUAACUGCAGCCAUUUCGUAUUGCUUCAUUCCUUGCAAACUGCAUUUCCACUUGAGUUCAUAGGCACUGGGAGGUUUUCAUAUGGUCCCUCUCACUGGAUCCAAUCUACCUCAGGCGCCUCCCGUCCGAUGAAAACAGGCUGUGGUGUGAGGCUAUGAAGCCGUUUACAUUGUGCUAUUAUGCAGAGAUACUGCGCAAAGACUUCCUGGAUACACUGAGCUAAUGUUUAACAAGAAGCUUGUGAAAGCCUUUCAGCAGAUGACCCAUGACGGCGGAUGAAUCAGGGCUGUAUGGAGGUGUUAAGGAUUCACUUCUGCUUGUGUGUGUGUGUGUGGGGGGGGGGGGGGUGCAGGUUCUUGCAGGACAUAUGACAUUUACAUAGAUAAGCUCCCCUCCCCCUUUGAUGCAUAGUAGUUUGGUACAGAAGAAACAGAUGCCACUUACAAGAGAAGAACUGGUGAUAAGAUAACCUGGCUUUGGAAAGUAAACUCAUCAUCAAUGCUGCAGAAACAGAAGAAGGUUCAAGAGGAGACUAAUGCACUUAUAGAAUCAUUAAACAAGACUCAUCACUUAUUAGUAAUAGAUCUGCACCAAGGGAGUCCUCAGGUGGAGUUUUCUAAUUCGUGGUGGACUCCUUGACCCUGAAACUCAUUAGCUGUUUUCAACAUGUAUAAACUGGUGGCUUGUAAUGAAGAACUGUGGCUUUAAUGUAUUUCUUAUGCACUGUGGGGCAGUGGUGUCAGAAAUGGGACACUUGUACAGACACGACCAGACAUGGCUGAUAUCACAGACCUGUAUAAAAGCAUGCAGAUGGCAGGAAGUUACUGUCUUUCCUAUAACUGCACUUUUGUUUGUUUGUUUUGUUUGUUUUGUUUUUUUUCAAUAGGAAAAUCUAUACUAAAUGAUUAGAAAUGUAUGAAUGGGAACUGGAAACAGUUGACAAAAUCCAUUUUCACCUGUGUGAGUAAAUCUGGUGAAAUGAUAUGAAUGUUUUCACUAUGAAAGGGUGUCAACAGUUCACCUUAAGACAUUAAAUAAUCACAAAUA